ACUUAAUUGCACUAGACAAUUCCAGAAUAAUGUAGAAACAAUAACCUUCAUCUAUAUAUAAAAAUUUAAGAUAACACACACACACAAACCAAAUCUCUGAAUCGUCUCUCAUAAUAAACAACUAGCUAGCGGCAAGACGUUGAAGAAGAAGAAGGAAGAGUUUUAAAAAGAUGAUGACUGCGAACGAAACAGAAGCAUUGUUAUGCGCCGGAGGCUGUGGAUACUACGGCAACCGAGAGAAAAACAAUCUAUGCUCUCUCUGUUACAAACAGAGUGUUCUCGAACAGUCGGCCGCCGCGCCUUUAAGAUUCGAACUAGAGACUCCUCCUACGAGUAGUCCCGUCGCUGCAGAAGAACCGGUCGGAAAACGAAGGUGUGGUAUAUGUAAGAGGAAGGUCGGAGUGUUGGGAUUCAAGUGCAGAUGCGGACACAUGUUUUGCGGGUCACAUCGGUAUCCGGAGGAGCAUUCUUGUCCCUUUGAUUACAAACAAUCUGGACGGGUCGCCUUGGCCACACAGUUGCCUUUGAGCACAGCUGACAAGUUGCAAAGGUUUUAGUGUUAUUUUCUACAGAGUUAAAAAAAAGUCGUGGAUCUUUUGAUUCAUUGGCUAUGAUUUUGAUGUUGUUUUAAUUC